AGAGCACAAGUGAUCCCCAGACCGAGGCAGCAAGAAGAUGAAGGUGGACACGCGCGUGGACAACAAGAAGUACGGGCUCGCGGAGGAGAGCAAGGUCUGGUGCGCGGUGCACCCGGUGCUGCGUCACAAGCUCACCAAGCUACGCGACGAGCGCACCGACAGCCGCGUUUUCCGCCACCUGCUGCGAGAGGUCACGUUCUACCUCGGGUAUGACGCGACGGAUGAUCUGGAGACCGUCCCGAAGAAGAUCAAGACGCCGAAGGGGGAGCACCAAGGGGCGGAGCUGUCCACGUCGGUGGCGCUCGUUCCGAUCCUCCGCGCAGGUCUUGGAAUGGUGGAGCCGAUGCUGGAUGUCUUGCCCAACGCCACUGUUCACCACAUCGGUAUGUACCGCAACAAGCAGUCGCUUCUGCCUGUACAGUACUACAACAAGCUGCCGAAGGAGUGCAAUGCCGACGUUGCCAUCGUCCUGGAGCCGGUCAUUGCCACAGCUGGUACGAUUCUCGCAACGCUGGCCGUCCUGAAGACGUGGGGCGUAGAGAAGAUCAAGAUCGUGAGCGCAAUCGCGUCGAAGCAGGGUCUGCAGGAGGUGUGCGCCAAGAACCCGGAUGUGGAGAUCUUCCUGGCAGCAAUCGAUGACGACCUGUCCGAGGAUGGCUACAUCCUGCCCGGUCUCGGCGACGCCGGUGACCGCGAGUUCCAGACG